AUGUACGUAGGUGCAAAGCAUGGUAGGAAUGGCGUAGCAAUUGCUGUCAAAGAAGAUCAUCUUGAAAACAUCCUGGAGGUCAACCGUAUUAACGACAGACUCAUGUCAAUAAAGGUACUGGUGGAAGGUGAGGUACUAAAUAUUGUAGCUGCAUAUGCUCCCCAAGCGGGUUGUAGCCAAGCAGAGAAAGACAAUUUUUGGACUUCCCUAGAAUACAUUCUUCAAUUAAUAUAUCCUAAAGAAACUACUUUACUGGGAGGUGAUUUAAACGGCCACAUCGGAGAAGCAAACAGCGCUUUCAAAAGGGUGCACGGAGGUUACGUAUACGGAACACUAAACGAUGCUGGUAAAGUCAUUCUCUCCACGGCAGCAGCCUUCGAUCUUGCUAUUGCCAAUUCUUUUUUGGCUAAAAAGAUCGAACAUCUGAUCACGUAUAAAAGCGGCCAAACAUCUUCACAGAUUGACUACAUACUAAUCAACCGAGUUCACAUUGGCCGUGUAACAAAUUGUAAGGUUAUUCCGGGAGAAUGCGUCGUCCCCCAACACCAUAUUGUUGUAAUGGACGUGCUAUUUAAACGACAUCCCAAGGAAAAACCAACUCAAAUUCCUGAACUCACCAAAUGGUGGAACCUAAAAGGUGAGAAAAUUCCCGAGUUCUGUGAACGUCUUGCUGAUUUAAAGCUACUAUCCCUACCCCAUCUAGCUGCCACACAACUUCCUGGAUUGGAAGUGAAUGCAGGACUUAUACCUCCAAUACAUCCUGAUGAGGUAAAGAAAGCCCUACACAAAAUGUCCAACAAGAAAGCCAUUGGACCUGACGGAAGCUUUGAAAUACUUAGGUCCACGCGGACUCGUACUGCUAACCGAUUUCUUUAA